GAGUGAACUGAACCGGACAGCUUUACAGAGGAAGACUCGCGGAGACCGAGGAACACAAGCCCGCUUCUGUUGACACCCUUUGGGGACAUCUCAACAUCAAGAAGACGGCAUUGAGGUUGCAUGCAGUUCUCUUUAAUGAGAGUAUAUUAUAGUAUGAAACAAAUAAUUUGGACCUGAGUGUGUUCCAUACUGAAAAACCAGGGUUUUAACAGACACUCGUUCGCUCUGUAAUUGUCCAUUACAUUACCCUUUCAUGUAGUAUUUUUUGAACAUGGAAUGACCUGUUCUUACUGGAUUGUUUGAUGGGGCUUCUAAGAAUCAUGAUGCCGCCCAAGUUUCAGCUUCUGGCGCUGUUGGCAUUCGCAGUGGCCAUGUUCUUCUUGGAGAACCAAAUCCAGAAGCUGGAGGAGUCUCGGGGAAAGCUAGAGCGGGCCAUCGCCAGGCACGAGGUGCGUGAGAUCGAGCAGCGGCACACACAGGACAGCCUGCGGGAGCGGGAGGCCCCCUCGGCGGCCGACAGCGAGGACGUGGUGGUCAUCUACAACCGCGUGCCCAAGACGGCCAGCACCUCCUUCACCAACAUUGCCUACGACCUGUGUGGCAAGAACCACUACCAUGUGCUACACAUCAACACCACCAAGAACAACCCUGUCAUGUCCAUGCAGGACCAGGUGCGGUUUGUGAAGAACGUGACAGAGUGGAGGGAGAUGAAGCCGGCGUUCUACCACGGUCACGUCUCUUUCCUGGACUUUACAAAGUUUGGAGUAAAGAAGAAGCCCAUCUACAUCAAUGUGAUCCGUGACCCCAUCGAGCGCCUGGUGUCCUACUACUACUUCCUGCGUUUUGGGGAUGACUACCGGCCCGGCCUGCGGCGCCGGAAACAGGGGGAUAAGAAGACCUUUGAUGAGUGUGUGUCGGCGUCAGGCUCAGACUGCGCCCCGGAAAAGCUGUGGCUGCAGAUCCCCUUCUUCUGUGGUCACUACUCAGAGUGCUGGAACGUGGGCAGUCACUGGGCCCUGGAGCAGGCCAAGUAUAACCUGGUCAAUGAGUACCUGUUGGUGGGUGUGACAGAGGAGCUAGAGGACUUUGUUAUGAUGCUGGAGGCGGCGCUGCCACGCUUCUUCAGGGGCGCCACAGAGCUCUACAAAACAGGGAAGAAAUCCCACCUGAGGAAGACGAGUGAAAAGAAGCCGCCCACCAAGGAGUCCAUCGCCAAGCUGCAGCAGUCGGCCAUCUGGAAGAUGGAGAACGAGUUCUAUGAGUUUGCCCUGGAGCAGUUCCAGUUUGUCCGGGCUCACGCCGUCCGGGAGAAGGACGGGGAACUCUACCUGCUGGCUCAGAACUUCUUCUACGAGAAGAUCUACCCCAAAACGAACUAACUAAUGCACAUGGAAGAUGAACCAUUCAUCUAUGCUUCAUCCCGUAGUUACAUACACUGGACAGAGGAGAAGAGGAGGAAGACUAAUAUCAUCAGUGGGUCUGUGGAACUGUCGGUGUUGGACGUUAUUUGGACGUUAGUCAGCAGUUUCGGAAUGUCGCCCGCUUAACUAACUGACUCCUCCUCCUCGUCUCCAUAGUAGCCGACAGAACCAGGAAGCUACCUCUUCCUGGUGCGAGAUAGUGCCAAUAGGUCAUGUUCCCAUCACCAUCCCAGGUCCAGGACUCCGUUUCUACUUGCAGGUGAAAGGUCACAGGAGUGGUAUGCUCGACGGACACAUGACAGGAGACGAGUCUACUUGGCAGCUGCCCAUGUUCUCUUCCUUCUGAUCACAUGGUUUUUAUUGGCCGUGUUCUGUUUGGUUGUGUUGUUGUUUAUUCUGCUUCACUAGCGUUGUCUAUGGGAACAUUGUCCACCCACUUUUAUACGUCAAGAGGGUGUUUUUUUUUUAUGUUGAAAUGACGUAACCCUCUCACUAAUAACUUAAAAGUUGACUACUAUGUUAUCUUGGAGUUUACCUAUAUGAACUGCAGACGUUUUUCCAAAAUCUGAAUCCUGUGACCUCCAUAGACUUGAGUGACAGAUGCACCCUGUUCAUGACUGGUACUACUCUUCUGUGUUUUCUACUCUACUUAUUUAGUUGUAUUCUGACUCUUUCACCCAGUUGGAUUAUUGCUAGGUGGAAUGUGAAGUGUUUACACAUGUUGUAAUUAAACUAUGGAAGAAGACAGACAACCGACCAUUCAGCUGCUGUACAUAAUACUAAUUUCAAUCUGGAUCAAACAGUUAUUCCAUAUCAAGAGGACGUGCUAUUAUUCACUUAUUUCAGCUUUGAUAUAACACAUUUAGUUAAAGAGCCAUUUGUACAUUUUUCUCUCAGCUUUUGUUAUUUUCUCUAUAUUGGUGAGAGACCAUUUAAUUUUUGUGCUUUUACUGUCAUAAUCUGUCAUCAUGUUUGCUAUCAUUGGGCCACUGUUAAACCCAAAGUGCUCCCAUUGUUUUGCUGCUGUAAAUUCAUGAACUUGCUGAAUUUCUUCAAACAAAGUGUGAAGUUGACACAUUAUUUGAUGACCGAAUUUUCUUUUCUUAUUAUUAUUAUUUUGCUAUUACCCUUAAUUUUGAUCAUAACUUGCAAACCAUUUUCAUUAAAUUUGUAUGGUUAUUAUGUAAGACUAUAACCUAACCAAUGUGUGCACUGCUAACUGCUGACACUGCUAAUGCCAAAUUCGGUUCUUCUAUUGAUGGCCUAUUAAUACAGACACUGAUCAGAUCAUCUCUGUGACUCAGCCCAGCCACAGUGACUGCAGUGCUGGAGCACUAGAACAGCCUACAAAAAUGAUGUGAAGAAGUGACUUUCCCAGCUAAUCAAGCCCUAGCCCAGACAUUGAGGCAGCAGAAGUACUAAAAGCAAAGGGAUUUUGUUCACAGGGGACUAUAAAAGAGAGGUCGACUCCCUGAGGUGAGUUGUAAUGUUGGGAGGGGAUGGUAGGCAGGCAGUAAAAACCAAACAUUGAGAUCAUGUCAGACACAUUGCUUGUGUUCUCAUGUCAUUAAAGAGGCACUCCACCAUGUGACAUCAUCAGGAGUAAUUUU